AUGUACCACUUUAAUUCCCAAGAAGAAAACUGGGAAGAGGCCGAGGAAGACUGCAAGAAAAUAAACUAUGAUGGUCUGGUCUCCAUGCAAACCGAGGGGGAAUGGGUGUAUUUAAAAAACAUUACAGCCAACAGAGAGCUAAAGAUAGCACUUGAAAAAACACGCUGGUUCAUUGGCUUACAGUACCUUUCGCAUAAAUGGUGCUGGUCUGAUGAUACAAAGGCCUGUAUAAACCAGACAACAGAUGCCAAUUGGCGUUGGUAUGCUGGAGAACCAAAUAACCCUGAUACUGAGCAUUGUGUUGAGAUGUUCAAUAGCGGAGAAUACAACAACAUCGAUUGCUCAAAACCAUUUGGCCACACAGGGUUCAUUUGUGAAAAAAAAGCUGGUAUGUAA